AUGUAUCUAUCGUCUGUCAGUUCACGUUUGUUGUUAUAUGAUACAAACAAUUGGGAAUUGAAAUAUUGUCAUGGAAAAUCUGAUGGAAUUAUACGAGAUGUGUCUUGGAGCGAUGAUAGUAAAUAUAUCCUAUUGGUCAACCCUAAAGGAACUGCUGAAAUUUUAAGUCCUGCAUCCCAUAACUUGGUGUUACAGCAUAUCCCAAUCGACGAUUCAUGUGCAGCAUGUUUCCAAAGAGAUGGCCAUCGUAAUAUAGCAGUAGGAACUACAAAAGGUGAAGUGAUCAUUUGGGAUGCUAAAAACAAAGAAAAAACCAAAAUAUUUCCCACAUUGCCAUCCUAUGCUGCAGUAGACUUUUUAAGUUUUAAUGCUAAAAAUACAAAUUUAGCUGCUAGUAUGCAAAAUGGCGACACUGUGAUUUAUGGGCUAGUGUCUAAUAUACCUAUUUCAACUGUUAAACUUAAUUGUUCCAAGAGCAUAUCGGCAAUGAAGUUUCAUCAUGAAGCAAGGUCACUAUUAGGUCUAGCAACUGAUGAAGGGCAUGUUAUACUAAAGGAUGUUAGUGUUAAUAAGGACAAAGUCACUUUUGAGAACAGUCAUGCAUCUCCAGUUUCCGAUUUUGUAUAUUCCCUUAUCAAUAGGGAUGUUAUGCUAUCUUGUGGUCUUGAUAAAAAUUUGCAAGUUUAUGAUAUCAAACAGAGAAAUGUUGUAUCAACUUUAAAAACGCCACAUGCCUUAACAUCAUUGGCAAUAAAUGGAGAAAAUCAAGUUGCACUUGGAACUCAGAAGGGCUAUGUUUUGCUGUAUGAUUUAAGAGACUUAACUACACCAUUAAAAAUUUUAAAAGGCCAUAACAAUAAAGUAAAAAAAGUAGCAUUUCAGCCACCAAGAAAAAAAUUUAUGUCUCCAGAAUUAAGUUUGGUUGAUAAAUUGGAUACAAACAGCCCCAAUCUUGAAUCACCAAUUCAAAACAAUUCAUUAGAUAUGCUAUUUACAUGCAACACACCACCAAAUCGUUCAGAACCACCUGCAAGAGACGUGGAAGAUUCAUUUCUUUUUAAAAUGGGUAUGGAAGACAAAUCAAAUGAAGAAUUAGAACUAAAUCAAAAUAGAUCUUAUAGAACAAGUGAUCGUAAUGAAUUCAGAUUGCAUCAGUUGGAUAUUGAAAAAAGUGCUAUGCACCAAAAAUCCUCUACACCAAUUAUAAAUAAAACUGCAGAUAACAUUAUGCAAAACCCUACAACACAAAAUGGUAUAAGUGAAGAAAGAGCUUCAAAUUCUAACAGUUUACCGAUAAAAUCCAAUAUCACAGUUCAAAAUGUUGGUAUUGACAAUAAAACUAUUGAAGAGCUAAAAGAUUUCUUCAAAUUAAGUCUUUCAUAUGUGGCAGAUGACAAUAAGAAUUGUUUUCUUCAUAUUAUGAUGGCAUUGACUAAACAAAAGCUUUAUUUAGAAAAGCAGCUAUCUCAAAUGAGCAACCAAUUAUUAAGGUUAGAGGAAAAUCAAAAUGAAUUGGUAGAAAUAAAUAGAAAACUAGCUUUAGAAAUUGAUCAAUUGAAAUCUAGGCACACCUCAUUUUAA